GAGUCAUAGUCAACAAUGCGUGUUGUACAACUGGCGUGUUAGUGUCUGACGUAACUUCCUCAACCUGGCGAGGGUCCAAAGGUUCAAAGGUUUUCUUCAGGGCUUGUAUAAAUCCUCAACAUCUGAUUGAAUCUGCAGAACGACGAACCAUGUCCAACACCACAGAGCCCCAGACACACAGCAUAUCCAGCAGGCAGCGAUGCCCGCAGGCCAACGGGCUGGAGAGCUUGGCUCCUCUCGUGCGUUCUGUGGAAGAAACGCCCGAUCCCAUCCCCACCACCAUCAAGGGAACUAUUCCAACGUGGAUCAACGGGAGCUUCUUGAGAAAUGGUCCUGGGAAGUUUGAAUUUGGGAAAGACAGAUACACUCACUGGUUUGACGGCAUGGCCAUGAUGCACCGAUUCCACAUCUGCGAGGGCAGUGUCACAUACAGCAGCCGCUUCCUGCAAAGUGACUCAUAUGUCAAAAACUCAGAGAAGAACCGCAUUGUGGUGUCAGAGUUUGGGACUAUGGCGAUGCCUGAUCCCUGCAAGAACAUCUUCGCUCGCUUCUUUUCACGCUUUCAGAUUCCCAAGGCCACAGAUAACGCCAGUGUGAACUUUGUCAAGUACAAGGGAGACUAUUAUGUCAGCACAGAAACCAACUACAUGCGGCGAGUAGAUCCACAGAGUCUGGAGACAAAGGAGAAGGUGGACUGGACUCAAUACAUUGCCGUCAACUCAGCUACAGCUCAUCCACACUAUGACCAAGAGGGGGCCACGUACAACAUGGGCAACUCCUACGGCAAAAGCGGUUUCUUCUACAACAUCAUCCGUGUGCCUCCUCCUGAUGACAAGGUAGCAUCGGAGGACUCAGCGGACCUGAGCGGAGCCAAAGUGAUCUGCUCCAUCCGAGCAUCUGAACCCAGGAAACCUUCCUAUUACCAUAGCUUUGUCAUGUCGGAGAACUACAUCGUGUUCAUCGAGCAGCCGAUCAAGUUAGACCUGCUGAAGUUCAUGCUGUACAGAAUCCAGGGGAAGAGCUUUCAUAAAGUCAUGACCUGGGAGCCUCAGUAUAACACCAUCUUCCACCUGGUCGACAGACACACUGGCGAGGAGAGUGAAGUGAGGUACUUUGCAGCACCCAUGUUCACACUGCAUCAGAUCAAUGCUUAUGAGGACAACGGCUUCUUGGUUAUGGACAUGUGCUGUGGGGACGAUGGUGAGGUCAUCGGAGACUUCACGCUGGAGAACCUCCGCAACCAAUCAGGAGAGGAGAUGGACAAGUUUUACAACUCGUUGUGCAGAAACCUUCCGAGGAGAUACAUCCUGCCGCUGAACGUGGAUAAAAAAACUCCUCUGGACCAAAACCUUGUCACUCUGCAUAACUAUAAAGCCACAGCGAAGAAGACGAAGCCAGGAGAGGUCUUCAUGACCCACGAAGAGCUUUACGAUGACCAGCUGCUGCAGUACGGUGGCCUCGAGUUCCCUCAGAUCAACUACGACCGCUACAACGGCCGACCCUACCGCUACUUCUACUCCUGCGGCUUCGGGCACGUCUUCAGCGACUCCCUGCUCAAGAUGGACGUCCACACCAAGGAGCUUAAGGUGUGGCGUUAUCCCGGCUUGUUCCCGUCUGAGCCUGUCUUUGUUGCUUCACCCAAAGCAACUGAGGAAGAUGAUGGAGUGGUUUUGUCAGUCAUCAUCACACCCAGAGAAGAGAAAAGCACUUUCCUCCUCGUCCUUGAUGCCAAGACCUUCACCGAGCUGGGCAGAGCCGAGGUCCCCGUCAAUAUCCCAUACGGGACCCAUGGCAUGUUUAACGAGAUGGGCUAGAUAAGACACUGUUUGCAACUCUGGGGCAAAUUGCUGAAACUGAGCCAGUGACCGACCACUUUAUCCACAAAAUAGAAAAUAUCUCUGUUGAAGCCACUGCCUGUAAAAAAAAAAAACCUGAACCGUAAAAAGCAGAAAAGAGCUGGGAAGGAAAAAAGCUGCAGAUUCAUGCUAUUUGUUUGUGCCUCCCUGAUGGGACUAGCUGCAUGAUCCUCACUGUGCAGCCAUUACAGUCGGCAAUCUUCUGGAGACUAACAAGCCAGAAAGUCCAGCAUGGCAUCUACAGUCAUCUUACGUGUACGAUUUGGAAACAGCCUUUAGACGACGGCCAGAGACCCAAAUGGUGCUUCCAAGGACCAAUGCUUAAUGUGGAAAACAUUUAGAGAAAAAUGAAACAUGAAAAUCAAUACACACAUUAAAAUAAAACCCAUUUCUCUUUUUUUUCCCCCUUUAAACCCAAAGUGUUUUUGCAUCAUCACGCCGCUGGAAACGCUAUACUCCCAGCGAGGACAGAGCAGCACUUAGGAUACAUAAAAAUGCAUCAGAGGAAAUUCAAUUUCUGUCAAAGUAAUGUGAUAGAAAUGGACAACGUCUGUAAUGCCUGGAAAACAAAUGGAUCUGCUGGUCGAUAGCCACCAGAAAGUCUGGCAGAGGUCACAUCAGAAAUGUGGUGUUGUGUUUUUUUUUUGUGUGAAUCCGCUCAAAACAACCCAAAACAAAGUGGACACACACACAUUAGCAAUGACACAUCGGAGCUGGUCUGUGAAGGGGAACAACUUGUUUCAUUGUGUUAAAGUGUGAGCUAAAACAGAGCAGUGCUGAAUAUGACACACGGGCCUCACCCAGAAUGCGAAGUAGCCUCCAGCUGCACUUGUCACUCCAUCGUCUCCACAAUUGACUUUACUGAUGCUUAUUUCAUCGGCGGAUUUCCCUCUCGCAUUGGAUUUGUACUGACUCUGGGCCCUGCACCUGAUUCACACACUACAGCUGUGAGGUUUCCAAUAUAUUAUGAUCCAUAUACUUCCUUACCCCUCUUCAAUGUUUAAAAUUUGACUUUUAAAGAAAGAGUUACAGUGUGGGAAAGUUUUGCAGAUGUUUUGCAGAGUCCCAACCUUCAAUAAUUUAUGAGACACAGGCAGGGGUUUUAUCAUUAGCUCCUCUUAUUACGCUGAACUGAAUUAAGCAGGAAGUAAUGGAGCUAUCCUAGUGUACAGUUUACAUUAAUCUUAUACCGGGAAUUAACAACACUUAUGCUUUUGUCAUGUUCUCUACUCAUCUGAGGCUGUGUGUCUUAUUAAGCAUGCUGCACAGGUCUCCCAAGAUACACAUUAAUUAGCCCGUAAUUCCUAAUCUAAUCAGUCACGCUUAACCUGUGUGUGCGUGCGUGUGUGCGUGUGUGCGUUAUAUGUGUGUGCAUGCAUAUAUUGUAUGUGCAAGUUCAUUAGCACGUUAUCGAACAGGCAUGACCAGCAGAGAAAGAUACAGCGACCUUUGCCCUCAAGAAAAUCUCAUGAUAAAUUUUAUGUUUGCAGAGCAGAGGCUUAUCAGCGUUGGCCUGCUCCCUUUUAAAUCCAAAGUGCUAUUGGAAGCAUUAGGAUCAAGGUGCUUCCUCAGAUAGUUCACACUCUGGUGACUCGUAUUCCUGCAUUCACCUGAGACGAGUUUGACCGAUGGCCAAACACAGUCGCUGCAGGAAUCUAUCUGUAUACACUGUAACACAAAUAAACUUGUGCGUCACAACAUUUGUAUGCGGGUUUGUCUGCCCUGCUUUCAAGGUGACAGUUUCAGACUGUCUCCGCUCUUAUUUGACACCUGAGAGUAAGCACGAGCUCACUUUCAAACCCCCCCGCUGGCUUAAUAAGCACAAGUUAUUGUGCCGAGCCUUAACUUUCACUGUUGUAUCAUUAUUUCAUAUCCCAUGAAUUCAUAAUGAUAUCAUCUAUAUUCACCAUAUUAGACACACUUCUAAGAGGCACGCGCUGAUUUCCCUCAAUAGCGGGAACAAUGUCUCCCAUACCCAGAUUUGUCACUCCCUAUCUUCACGGUCUUGAGCCAUCUUGUGGGAGCACAGUCAUCUGACAUACAGAUUAUGUGCAUCUGCAUGAGCGUGUCCGCGAGCGCUUCCCCCUCCCCUGUGCACAUAAGUAUAUGUU